CAAAACUGGGAAGUUGUGUAACUAACUUCUCAGAUGAUGCUGUAAAUAUUUUUGUUUGUAUUUUUAUAUUUAUUUUUCAGUAUUAAGGCCACAAUGUUUCCAGGAAACUGUUAUAUCUGUUGUAAACGAAAUGAUGUACUUUAUGAUCUAUCUAAGACGAAUGAAGAUGGUUUGAAAUUUUCUUUCAUGUUGGUAUUUAUAGUACCUGAAGUGGAAUGGUUGGAUCAUUUCAAGAUAUGCAACGUUUGUAUAACAGAAACAACAGCGGCUUAUAGGUUUAAAGAAAAAUGUAUAAACAGCAGAAAUAAUUUAAAACAAGAAGUGGAUACUUUUGAUGAUUGUAGUGAUCUUAAAAUAGAUGUUGAAUCUGAUUACUCUGAAUCUGAACUAGAUCUUAAGCAAUCUUUUAUCUGCUACAAUUGCGGGCAUAAAAGUGUGACAAAAGAUGACCUGAUACAACACAUUCAAGAAACGCAUCAGAAUGACAGUAAAGAAUUACCAAAAUAUAAGAGAAAUACUAUGUGUUUACAGUGUGGCCGAAAGUUUACUAAAGAAUCCUCAAUUAAAGAACAUCGAGAUGUGUGUGAUGGUGUAAGAAGGCACAGAAAAGUCCAAAAUGAGUAUCAGUGUAACACUUGCAAACGAUUUUAUAGUUCAGAAAAAAUUUUGAAGACACAUCAAAAGAGAUGUGAUAAACAACAUAUCAAAAAAACAGAUUACCAAUGUCAAAAGUGUAAUAUCUAUUACAAGAGUGCAAAAACUUUAUUGAAUCAUAAAAGCAGGGGUUGUAAGAAGGAAGGAUCAGAGCCUGCUUACUAUUGUAAGAGUUGUGAUUGUGUUUUUAAUACAGUAUUAGAUCUUAAAAAUCAUAUGUUCAAAGACCAUGACGUUAUAGACUUUCAAUGUGAAAAAUGUAACAAAGUAUUUCAAAAUAGUGACGACUAUAAAGAGCACAAAUCUGAACACAAAAAAUCAAUGCCUAAGAGACUUUUUACUUGCGAAAUUUGUAGUAUGGAGUUCAAGUUUUUGAAAGAAAUAAUUGAUCACUGCCAAAAGAUACACGAACUCAAAGAAAAGUCUAUUAGACCAUACUGUUGUGACUUAUGUCAAAAGAGGUUUAGGUCAUCAACAAAUCUGCAAAAUCACAAACUUUAUCAUGAGGGUAACAGAUCGCAUAUUUGCAGUAUAUGUGGUAAGAGUUUCAUAACAAAGAGUGAUUUGCAAAGUCAUGAAAUGACACAUUAUGAUGAUAGGAACUUUGGUUGUGACAAAUGCGGUAAAGCAUUCAAGACUAAUAAUAAUUUAUGGACUCAUUACCUUAUUGUACAUACAGAUCCGAUAUUGUGGAAGUUCGUGUGCAAAAUAUGUGAUAAGAGAUUUCCGUUAAAGUCAAACCACGAUCAACACUUUCGAAGACAUACUGGGCAAAAGGAAUUCAUUUGUUCAUUGUGUAAAAAAGAGUUCGCAAGUAAGAGUGAACUACAGGCGCAUGUGAGAUGCCACUCUAAUGUGAAAAGAUAUGUAUGCGAUAAGUGUGGAAGAGACUACAGGAAGAAAAAUACUCUGGAUAUUCAUUUAACCAAAGCACACGGUAUUGGAAAUGCAAAGAUUCCGGUCAGAGAGAGAAAAUAUGCUUGUCAUAUUUGUCCAGGAAGGUUUUAUGAUAAGAUCAAGUUGGCCAGGCAUUUGUGUACACAUUCAGGGAUUAAACCGUAUGCCUGUUUUGCUUGUGAGAAAAAAUUCACAGAUAAGUCCUACAUGAAACAUCAUCUUAAAACAGCACACAAUAUAUAUGAAGAUACUAGUAUGAAAGAGUUAGCAAUAGCUUAAUUUAUUAUUUAUUGUAAAGAAUACUUU